GGUAUAACUAUUGUUGCAGAAAUGCUGUUUUUAAUGCUUGUGUUGGGUGUUUUGUCUCAUUUUGCCCACAGCCUUGUCCAUCAACAUUUAACACUCACUUCUCCAUCCUGCAUUACUUUGACUCUGCAGAGAUGAAUGAUUUUGCCAGCCCACCUGCUCCUCCCUCAUCACCUUAUUCUCUUCUGGUAAACACUCUAAAAAGGUCACUGCCUUUUAAGAUAAUUGAUGCCGGCCCACACACUCACACACAAUGGAGGUUCCCCUGCUAUAAUUUUCCUAUUAUAUGUGCUGACUUGCUUUCUGUCUCCUGUUGACAGGUCUACAUGGCCUGUAAGCACGUACACCCACUCUUCCAUUCACCUCUAUUCAGCUUCCAUCUCCACACCUGUGAGUCUAAGGGGAGCAGAUUGACAGAUCAGACAGCAAACAGGUUUUCUCAAACUACACACCUCAAUGUGUAAGGGGAUCUCCUCCUUGCCCUCCUCAUGCCUGGAGAAGGCAAAAGAGAUGCGGGUGAUGUUAAGCCAUCUGGCUGAGACGCACCACAAGCACAAGGUUCUGGGUGGAAAAGCUCUUCAGGACUUGGAAACUCUGCUAAACAACAAAUGCGGUCUGCAGGCGUUUCGUGGGUUCCUGCUUUCAGAGUUCAGUGAAGAGAACCUUGAGUUCUGGCUGGCCUGCGAGGACUACAGGCUGUCUCCUUCAAACCUGCAGAAGACCAAGUCCAGUAGCAUCUACGGCCAGUUUAUUAACCCUGACGCUCCACAGGAGGUAAACCUGGACGCUGAGACCCGGGAAGCUCUGUUGAGUGUGACUGACUCUCCGUGUGCCGACACAUUCAACAAGGCUCAACAGAGAAUCUACAACUUGAUGGCAAAAGACUCCUUCCCGAGGUUCCUGCGCUCUCCUUAUUGCAUGGAGGCCAUUAAAGCUUUUUAAACGUAUAGUUUAUUACCACAGACACCACUUUAGAAACAAGUGCUGAUGAAUCUGUACUGCUUGAUAUGUUCAUUGUAUUUUACUACUUAUUUUAACAAUUAGUUUGUCUUGUGAUCCUUUUUCACAUGGUAGUGCUGUCCUUGUGCACUGUAUGCAUAAUGUUAUUGUUAUGACACAGAGUUGUAGACAUAGUUAAAAAGUCUCACAUAAAAAAAAUUAUGAAACUUACAUAAAGAUGCAGCUACAUAGCACCUCCGGACUGCUGAGCUACAAGUGAAGUCCACAAAGGAAUUCAAAUAAAUGUCUCAUAAAAGACAACUCAUUGUGUGGGAUUUAAUGAACAUCGGUCUUUUUUUUUAACAUACAUAUUGUAUAAGCUCUAUUUUUUCAUUUAGAAGCUCGCCAUAAUUGUUCUGGCAAAGGCUGCUUGAUAGUGUAUUGUUGAUCAUUAUAAAACAAACAGUGUUCAGCCUUAUCACUG